AUGAUUGUACACCUCCUAUGCCCGCUUAAUUGUGUGUUCAUUUUGUUAAUCAAGAAGCAUCUGAUUUUAUGGAUGGGUACGCUAAAAACAUCUGUGCAUAGCGUAAUGCUCCAGCAUGACCGCUUCAUGUGUUGCCUCGAGUCGCGCAGCCACUACGCUCCCGCCGAGGCGGAGGCAGCUGCCACUCUCGACGCCCUCCGUUGCACGCUCUCGCCGGCGGCAUUUGCAAAGCCUUGUCACCGCGCUGCAAGUGUUGCCCCCCUCCUCCCCAAGGGCAAGGUGAAGAAAGGUGCCUGUGUGGUUCUUCUGCAGCUCACAGCGAGGAUUGUUGUGUCCAACCUGCACAAUAAUGCCAAGAAGUCCUUGGAGACGAUUAAGGACAUGUACCUGCACUACAACGAGAGAUCUAGGUUGCUUCUUUGUGGCUUCCAAACUUGA